GUGUAGCCCUGGGAGAAGGUGGUGAGCUCCUCUUCCCCUGAAAGUUCUAGCGGCACCUGGUGCCCGAGUGGGAGCCUCACAGUGAUGUAGGCACGUUGCAGGGGGGCGCUGGGCUUGGGCAGCACGGAGGUGACUGUUUCCGGGAAGACAGGGUGUGGACAGAGCCAUCAGAGGUCAAGGAUGGAGGGGAGGAGGGGAAGGAGAGUUGUUGUAACGCUCUUUGUACACCAGGCACUUUCCCAAGUGCACUUUCCCAAGCACCAGGGCAGUACUUUUAAAAAACCUUCUGCAGAGUAGGAAACUGAGGCUUAGAGAAAGUCAGGUUAUUCAAGGGGCUCCCACGGCCCUCAUUUAUUCAGAUCCGUGGGGUGCCUGGGCCUGCAGGGGUGGGUCCCUUAUAGACUGAACCCACUGGGGCCUGAUGGAAGGUGGCCAGGCGAUGGUAUCAUUACUGCCGUCACACGGAGGGGACGGUAACUAAGGCUUUGGGAGGUAAGGGAACGUGCCCAGACCACAGACCCCCAUGGAGAGGAGCGAAGAUUUGAACCCCCAUCUCCCUGCUUCUGGCUGUUGCCUGCAGCCUGGUGCUGGCACUCUGACAGUACUUAGGGACUGUUGGAAACCUGACCACACCCUGGCACGUCUUGUGGAAACAGGCGCAGCUGGAAGCUCAGAGAGCCACGCAGGACUUCCAGAGGGCCACCGAGGUGCUCCGCGCCGCCAAGGAGACCAUCUCCCUGGCCGAGCAGCGGCUGCUGGAGGAUGACAAGCGGCAGUUUGACUCGGCCUGGCAGGAGAUGCUGAACCACGCCACCCAGAGGGUCAUGGAGGCGGAGCAGACCAAGACGAGGAGCGAGCUGGUGCACAAGGAGACGGCGGCCAGGUACAAUGCGGCCAUGGGCCGCAUGCGGCAGCUGGAGAAGAAACUCAAGCGAGCCAUCAACAAGUCCAAGCCUUACUUUGAACUCAAGGCAAAGUACUACAUGCAGCUUGAGCAGCUGAAGAAGACGGUGGACGAGCUGCAGGCCAAGCUGGCCCUGGCGAAGGGCGAGUACAAGACGGCCCUGAGGAACCUGGAGACGAUUUCGGACGAGAUCCACGAGCGGCGGCGCUCCAGCGCCAUGGGGCCCCGUGGGUGCGGUGUCGGGGCCGAGGGUGGCAGCCCGGCUGCCGAGGACCUGUCGGGGCGCAAGCCCGAGCCUGACGCUGUCUCUGUGGCCUCCGAGGCCUUCGAAGAUGACAACUGCAGCACCUUUGUGUCUGAAGAUGAUUCGGAGACCCAGUCCGUGUCCAGCUUCAGCUCGGGACCCACGAGCCCGUCGGAGAUGCCCGAGCAGUUCGCCGCGGCCGUGAGGCCCGGCAGCCUGGACCUGCCCAGCCCCAUGUCCCUGUCGGAAUUCGGGAUGAUGUUCCCGGUGCUGGGCCCCCGCAGUGAGUGCAGCGGGGCCUCCUCCCCUGAGUGCGAGGUGGAGCGAGGAGACAGGGCAGAAGGGGCAGAGAAUAAAGCAAGUGACAAAGCCAGCAACCUUCGGGGUCUCGGCAGCAGCAGCGGUGACAGUGGCGAGAGCCCGAGCAGCACGUCCCCCGAGGGCCAGGCCUUGGAGGACAGGAUGCGGCAGCUGUCCCUGCAGGGCUCGAAGGGCAGGGACAGGGUCAUCGCGGACAUAGACGUGGUGCAGAUCGGCUGAUCGAGCCGCGGCUCUGGCCCAAGCGCAUAUCAGUAUUUAGACAUGAAACCGUAUGGAGAACAAUUGUGCCAAUAAUCAUUUAAUAUAUGCCAAAUCCCAAGCAUUGCCUCUAAACUGCACUAAUGACGUUUCAGUGAGCUUGAGAGCUGAAGAUGUUUCUUCUGGGUAAGAGCUCUCAGGCUGGUGUUUUUCAGCACAGAGUCGUUGCAGGUGGGCUGUGACCAGGCCCACGGCCUUUGUGGAACGUCCCCUGUCAGUGCUGUGGACGCAGUAACCGGUUCCCAGGAAAAACCCCCAAGCCGGGAAAGGGGCCGGGGAGCUGAGCCCCAGCGGGUUCAACGGCUGGCUCAAUUGGGAAAAUUGCCUUGUUCUCUCCUUUAUAUCCCAGGGGAUCUAAAGGAAAACAAGUACACAAGACAAAACUCAAAUAUUCAGAACGACACCUUUUCGACCCAAUGAAGGCUUAAAAAAAAAAAAAUCCAAGGACACAAUUCAUUUUCAUCUCUGGUUUUCAGAGGGGGCUUUUAAAAAAGUGAAUUUGCUGGGACACCCAUUAAAA